GCAGGGCAAGAUUUAAAAGGAGAUGACCUUAGCUAGUUGAUGCCGCCCAGGACCUCCGGUGCCCAGGGCAAGGAGACCCACUGAGGGAAGUCGCCGGGGCAGGCUCGCGAGGGACGUGCAGGGACCGGAGAAGGGAGCCCCCUGGGAGCCCCCGGCAUCCCGCCACCAUGUGCGAGCUGUACACCAAGCAAGACACCCUGGCGUUGAGGAGGAAGCACAUCGGGCCCUCUUGCAAAGUCUUCUUUGCUGCGGAUCCCAUCAAAAUAGUGCGAGCCCAGCGGCAGUACAUGUUUGAUGAGAAAGGCGACCAGUACUUGGACUGCAUCAACAAUGUUGCCCACGUGGGACACUGCCACCCAGAAGUGGUCCAAGCUGCCCAGAAACAGAUGGAACUGCUAAAUACAAAUUCUCGCUUCCUCCACGACAACAUUGUUGAGUAUGCCAAGCGCCUGUCAGCAACCCUGCCGGACAAACUCUCCGUUUGCUAUUUUACAAACUCAGGAUCUGAAGCCAAUGACUUAGCCUUACGUCUGGCUCGGCAGUUCAGAGGCCAUCAAGACGUGAUCACUCUUGACCAUGCUUACCAUGGUCACCUGUCAUCUUUAAUUGAGAUCAGUCCAUAUAAAUUUCAGCAGGGCAAAGAUGUCAAGAAAGAAUUUGUGCAUGUGGCCCCAGCUCCAGAUACUUACAGAGGAAAAUACAGAGAAGACCAUGCAGACCCGGCCGGUGCUUAUGCCGAUGAAGUGAAGAAAAUUAUUGAGGAAGCUCAUAACAGGGGAAGGAAGAUUGCUGCCUUUAUUGCUGAAUCCAUGCAGAGUUGUGGCGGACAAAUAAUUCCUCCAGCAGGCUACUUCCAGAAAGUGGCAGAGUAUGUACGCGGAGCAGGAGGUGUGUUCAUAGCGGAUGAAGUUCAAGUAGGCUUUGGCCGAGUUGGGAAACAUUUCUGGAGCUUCCAAAUGCUUGGUGAAGAUUUCGUUCCAGACAUCAUCACCAUGGGAAAACCAAUGGGCAAUGGCCACCCAAUGGCAUGUGUGGUGACAACCAGAGAAAUCGCAGAAGCCUUCAGCAGCUCUGGGAUAGAGUAUUUCAAUACGUAUGGAGGAAAUCCAGUAUCUUCUGCUGUUGGUUUGGCCGUCCUGGAUGUAAUCGAAAAUGAAGACCUUCAAGGAAAUGCCACAAGAGUAGGGAAUUAUCUUACCGAGUUACUGAAUAAGCAGAAAGCUAAACAUACUUUGAUAGGUGAUAUCAGGGGUGUUGGCCUUUUUAUCGGAAUUGACUUAGUGAAGGACCGUGAGAAAAGGACCCCGGCCACAGCCGAAGCCCAGCACAUCAUCUACAAGAUGAAAGAAAAGCGAGUGCUUCUCAGUGCCGAUGGACCUCACAGAAACGUGCUUAAAAUAAAACCACCUAUGUGCUUCACUGAAGAAGACGCCAAGUUUAUGGUGGACCAGCUUGAUGGGAUUCUAACAGAUUUAGAAGAUGCCUUUGGAGCCAAAAUGGAGAAUGUGAUCUCUGAGAACAGUCCAUGCAGAACCAGGAUGCCAAAUGAAGCACGCUCAGAAAUGCUCCGUGACGGUGCCCCAGACCCCCAGGAAAAUCCCAGCCACAAGCGAAAUGGAUUGUGCACAGAUAAACACUCACUGCUCAGUAAGAGGCUCAAGACAUGAGGGGAUUAGCACUUUACAGUAAGAUAAAUAUCCAGAGUUCUAGAGAACCGAUGCAAGUGUCCUUUCUGUCCCAUCUCUGUUGUCCCCUCUAAAGGAAGAAUUUGCAUUUCCACUCAGAUGUGUAAAUAAAAAGGCAAAUGAGUAGUCAUAAGACUAAAUCCAAGGGAUAAUCAAACCACGUCAAGAUUGUUAGUUCAUCCUCUCGCCUGUUAAUUCCUUACUUGAAAUUCCUGAAAGUACUUCACUUAUUCUACUCAACGGACGCUUCAAAUUGAAUGUCAAGUUGGCAGUGUUACGUCUCGUGCUUUAAUGUUUGACAUGAGAGAGCAAAGUACAUAGAUUCCUGAACUUUGGAGACUGAAGGGCCUUAAAAUAUGAAUUCUUUAAUGAUUUAAUUUAUAAUAUAUUUAUGGACUAUAAUAAAAUAAAAGAUGAUGUAAGCCAAAAAAA